AUGGUUUUGUCGGUUCUGCUUUCGGCCCUAAUGAUCUUUCGCUAUCAGAAAUUGGUAACGGAAAACAACCAUCGGGAUGCAGGGAGCGGCUAUCACAAUACAGAUCCGAGCGGUGCACAAAUGCCGAUCGCACCCAGUCCAUCUGACCGAGCGGUAGAUCCAAGCGUCGUCUUUAAAAAGUGGAGUUUGGAAAAGGGAACUCUUCCACCCAUUCCGAAAGGCGGCGAUGGUGAUCCAGAUCCAUCUUUAUCGCUUGAAAAAGGCCACGGCUCACAAGUGCCAGCCAAGGAUGCUCCGUUCCCAAGGCUGCUUGCCUGGGAUGGUAGCCUUCCACUUCACCAGGGCAAUGUGACGGUGGUUGACAGUCGAACCGGCUCUCCAGUCUACACCAUAAUGCCAGUUCCUCACAAACAUCGCAGUUUCGCUAUUGCCAAUCGACAGGGGCAUAUAAUUCUGGCCGCCCGAGACGAGAUAAAAGGGAGGUGUGGACAAAUUUCCACGUACAACAUUCCCUCGAGCGUUAGCUACACGGUCUAUCCUUGGAGUUCGGACAACGAACGCUGGAUGAUGGAAAUCAAGGGAAACGGCCGGGACAUCAAGUCUCAAAAACUGAGAUACAAUUGGCAUUCUCAGGGGAACAAAGGCCAGAUCAGUUUCAUGUCGAAUGGCACUCAGGCAGCCGACUUCGAAUCCAAUCAAAUGAUAGACAAAUCCGAUUGGCAAGUGGACUUUCUAGGUCAAGUGCAAUCAGUUUCAACGCUGAAGAUUGAAGAGACGACUCUCAGUGACCAUUAUUUCCUCGGACUAUGGGUUAUGGUCAAAUACCGAAUUACCCAAUGUGCAGCCUGA